AUGUCAAUUUAUAAAUAUGGAAAUCAUGAAUUACAACAAAUAAAAGUAUGGAAUUAUAAUGGAAAUAAUGAAAAUACGUAUAUAUAUAUUCAUGGAGGUGCAUGGAGAGAUCCUUCAAAUACUUAUGAUGAAUUAGAAUCAGUUGCAAAAAAAAAUCAAAAUUCUACAUUUAUUGGUAUAAAUUAUAGAUUAUCACCAGAAAUAAAACAUCCUCAACAUUAUAAUGAUGUUUAUGAUUCAUUAGUUUAUAUAAAGAAACAUUUUAAAUUAGGUAAUAUUAAUCUAUUGGGUUAUUCUGUGGGAGCUACUUUGAUUUUACAAAUUAUUCAAAAUUUAAAUAAUUUAUCACUGCCAAUAUUAUUUAAAAGUAUAAAAUUUUUAGAUGGAAUUUAUGAUAUUAAACAAUUAAUUGAAGAAUAUCCUCAUUAUGGAUUUUUUAUAGAUGAAGCAUUUCAAAAUUUAGAAAUUGCAAUAGAUUCAGUUUCAUUAAUUAGACCUCCUAUUAUAAGUAAAAAUACUUCUAUAAUAAUUUGUCAAUCAUUACAAGAUGACUUAUUAUCUAUUAAUCAAACAAAUUUAUUAGUUAGUUAUUUUGCUAGAUAUAAAAUCCCAUUUACUUUAUUAACUGGUAAUUGGGGAAUUCAUGAUGAUAUUUAUGGACCAUAUAGAAAUGAAAUAUUUAUAAAGACUUAA